AGGCGUGAUAUCAUCGCACCGCGGGCCCCGCCUAAUUAAUUUUAAACAUUAUCAUGGACGUGCUACUCGAACUUGCACUCCGGAGCAGCAUAUCCAGCUUCCGGAUGACCUACCCCACCACCAUUCAGCUCCCUGCCAUACUGCCGAUGGUGCGCGCCCCGCGAAAACCGGAGCUGUUUUACGGGAGGGACGAGGUUGUUGAGGAAGUUGCUGCGUCGUUGGGUGGGGAACAAGCUGUUCACCUUGCCAUCCUCGGUGCGGAUGGGAUGGGCAAAACGAGCGUAGCAGCCGCAGUGUGGCACGACAAACGAGUCGAGGCGCGAUUCGGCACUCGCAGAGCAUGGAUAUGCUGUGAAGGACUUAUGUCGACGGAAGGGCUCGUCCCUGCCCUCGCAGCCGCGUUCAACGUGCCAGACAAACAGGACGGUCCACUUCGAGAUCACGUUUUGCAAAGCCUACGAUCUCGAAAUCAUCCCGCACUUGUCGUUCUCGACGGGUUUCGACCGCAUUCGAAUACCGACGUUCAAAGUUCUAGUUCAGUGCUUGCUGAGCUUGCGGACAAUCCGAACAUAUCUAUCCUCUUCGCCGUUACUGGCAAUGAACGACCAACCGGUAUCACCUGGUUGGAUCCCCCUUUGGCGCCUCUAACCGCCCUGGACAUCCCAACAUCGCGAGCUAUCUAUUUAGCGCACGGAGGACAGGACGGGGAUCGCCUGAACGAUCUUCUGGUAUUGCUGGGUGGACAUCCUCUUGCCCUUUCUUUAAUGGCAGUUCUGGGCAAGUCUUGCUCUCCAUCUGACCUCGCGAUCGCAUGCGAGGAAGUCAAUAUAACCUGCGGACAAAACCUUACCGGUCUCGAGCUGGCCGUCAACCUCUCUCUGACAAGUCAAGCAGUACGCGAUCAUCCUGAAGCCGCUGCAGUUCUUGACCUCCUCUCGUUACUGCCUGAUGGAAUCGAAUUGGAAGAAGUGUCCAAAGCGCUCCCUAAUAUACCCGAUUGUGUCGCCGCCCUGCAUGUGCUCGAACAACUUGGCUUUGUAACUCAACACGGCGAUCGAGUGAGGGUGCCGUCUUCGAUCCGCUCUUACGUACGUUUCAGACAACCUUCAGACUCCCACUAUCUCACGGCAUUGCGCAAAUAUGUCUGCUCUCUACUGAAUCCGUUGCAACUCAGCACACCGGACGCUUCUGUUCUCCAACCGAUUAUAAAGGAAUCUGGCAACAUCAACUCGCUCCUCGCCAUUGCAUUGCGCAACGACAAGUUAGAUGCCGACGUGAUCCAUGCAAUUCAUCAGCUCUGUCUCUUCAGUGCACAUGCACAUUACGGUGACUUUAAGCCUUUGGUCAAUCUCGCCGUCCAACAAGCAAAACGGCGAUCAACACCAGACUAUGCGGUUAUCGCAGCUUUGAAAUUGUCCUGCGCUUGCGCACUCAUGGUCGAACGUCAAUGGAACGAGGCGGCUCCAUGGAUAGAAGAUGUGGAAGCAUUGGAUAUUCCGGCGCCUCUACGAAUCGCACGAGCGAUCUUGUAUGCUGCUCUGCAUAUGACGCAACAUCGAUUCAAUGAGGCCAGUAAACACCUAACACAAGUCCUCUCCGAAGACGCGGAACCGGCAUCACUGUACACAGCCUUAUGUGCAGAGCUACUUGCUAUCGUCGCUCUCAAAGAAGGCAAGCUGGAGCUCGCCCAGUCCCAUUGUAACGAAGCCGAGAGCUAUUACAUCGCAACUAGCAAUACGAUCGGAUGCUACCGAUGCCAAGAGCUCAUCGCCACAGUUUUCGUCGCACAUCGGCAGUACGCUGAUGCUUUCCGGAUACUGUACGAGCUCGUUCAUCCAUACACCACCGCCGGUUUCAAUUUCGCUCGAGCCAGGGUGCAGAGAGCGCUGUAUCAAAUGCAUUGCUUGGAAGGUCGAUACGAAGCAGCCCUUACUGGAUAUGCCGAAGCGAAACGCAACGCAGAGAAGAUGCACGACAAGUUUGCUAUCGCGGACUGCGAACGUGGAUCGGCGAAGACGUACGAACUAAUGCAACAGCCAGCUGCGGCAUUGGCGCUGUACAAAGUGGCGAUCGCACUGUUCCAAUCACUCAACGAAAUCGUCGAAUGCGCAUACACAAGACUUGCUCUCGGACAUUGUAUGUGCGAUUCUGGCCUUCCAGCAGACGGUCUGUCGCAGAUGGCGGCCGCAAUGGCUGCCUUCGAUUACUUUGGUCUGACCUACUCAUCAGCCAAAUGCAAGCAAUACAGCGGCAAGGUGCUUGCUUCCCUAAAAGCCAUAAACGAGGGUCUCUCGCGCGUACGAGCGGCAUUGCAGACGUUCGCUGAUCUAGGCCGACUGGAGGAUGCAGCCGAUUGCUACAUCCUUAUAGGCGGUAUAUGCUUUCCCGAUCGGUUGGACGAAGCGGAAGAAGCGACGAAGGCGGCCAUGGAGCUCUACGACACAGUCGGAAGACCAGAGUCCAAGGCCAAUUGCACGAUCAUACUCGCCAGUUGUUACAAGCGAAAAGGAAUGACAGAGGAGAUGACGCGCGUCGCACAUGAAGGCCUUGAUAUCCUUGCGGGCUUGGAUGAUCAGAGCCAGGCGGACCAGGGAAUUGUCCGGAUGUUGAAAGGCUUCCUGGGUCACGUGGAGGAUAGUGACGACGAUUGAUCUUGGUUACUUCAGGUAUUAUUAUUUAUCUCUGUGUUAUUGAAGCUCGUUCGCAUGUAAAUACAAGCAAUUUGUAGCAAAUAUCACCUGGACCGUAUUUAACC